GGCCUUUAUUUGGAACUCUUCUCAAGACCAUAAUUGAAGGGUUUUAAUCUUUCAAUUAACAUAAGCACUAAAAAAAAAAAAAAAGAUUAAUCGAACUCUCUGAGUCGAGUCUAAGGAAUUUGAAAAACUUCAAAGUAUGGCGGAAGGAACACAGUUAUAUAAACCAUUAGAGUGCUGGAGCUGCUCUUUAUUGAAGAUAUCAGGGUAUUGUAUCAGCCUUUUCGUCAACACAUUGUCGAGGCAAAACGGCUUUAUCAUGAGUAUUUAACCUGGUUAUCGCCUACGCGUGUGGGUUUAUUGAAUUAAUAUGGUGUUAAUAGCAGGCUAUCACGCUUUAUGACCUUUUCCUAAAUAUUAAUUCAAACGUGUCAGUGCACAAACACGGUAUACUUUCUUUGUUAUGUCUCGAUACUUGUCAUGUUUAUGUAUGAAUAUUUCCUUCAUUGCUCUCGCAUGUCAGGAUUUUAUAUGUUUUCUAUACGAAUUAAGGUUUGCCACAAGUAUCCCGCCCUCAGAUUAAUCGCUUUUAUACUAAAGCGAUUACCCAUGACACUCGCCAUGCCGAGACGCUUUAGUCUCUUGGAUAAGUAACUGCAUGUUAUAGGAAAGAUAACAUAAUAUUUACGUUAUAAUAUUUAGUUUUCUAAGCAAUAAAAUGAACUGCAAUAUCGAACAACAGCUCGAGUUAUCUUCCUAAAAUAAUAAAAAUCAAUAGUUUGGUGGUAUUCUUUAUUUAUAUACGCGUAUACCCCCUGCUCAAUACAUACCUACGUAAUCUUUCAAUAAUUUGUACACCCUGCUUGAUAGUAGGUACGCAAUGAACUUAGGGACAGGGGAAAGUCCCUUUAUUAAUAUAGCUUCCAUUUUAUUGCAUAAAGAAAGUAGGGUUCAGUUUUAGGCAUUGUUUGCCGUAAAGAGGGUUUUAAUUCAUUUAAAACAUACUUUAAAAAAAAAAAAGAUUAGUCGAAUCUUAAGAUAAGACAUUUGAAAAGCUCUACAAUUUCUAAAGAUGCAGAAUAAUAGAGCGAAACGAGCUAUUCAAGCUUCGCUGGGAAAGCCAUUUGAAUGUUUCUGCUCUUUGUUAAAGCCUAGCGUUUUAGUAAUUGAUGGUUACGAGAUUGUUGUUUGCGAAUGUCCCAAUAACAUUUCUGGCUGUAAUUGGAAAGGGAAAUUGAAUCAUUAUUUAUUGGAUCACAGAAAAAGAUGUAAUUUUCAAGUGGUACAAUGUUAUUGCGGAAAUCAAAUGUAUAAAGGGUACAUUGCGCAUCAUCUUAGUUCGGAAUGCAAGCACAGAUUGGUCGAUUAUAAGCUGACUUAUGAAUUAGAUGAUAU